AUGUACAUGCCGACCACCUUCUGGACGUGGUCCUUCUUCCUCCUUGCCCUGCUCCAAGCUGUGAUCUGCCUGGGCUUGGAGGCCUUUGUCUUCGGCGAGUUCGAGGAGAGUCUCAGGGGUGAAGCGAGGAGUAGCGACCCCCCAAGCGGAGCCUUGACCAUUCCCACCUAUCUCACCAUCUUCAUCUUCGGCUUCAUAUACCAGAUGAUCCUCGUCUGGGAUGCAUUACGGCUGAAGAACACCAUUCAGGUCAUCGGGCUGUGUCUCUACAAUCUGGGCAUGAUGAUCUACGCGGCGGUAGAGAUCGAUCAGGUGGACGAAGCAGUGGAUUCGCUGGGAGGAAACAUCGAACCCAACACCUGGAUAUAUCUCCAUCCCUGCCUCAUCGCCACUCCAUGCGUGCUUGCUCUGGGCACCAUCCUGCUGUCCUUUGUGUCGUGGAAGCUAUACGAUGAGUUUGCGUGGACAAUCUACAAGCACAUCUCGGCUGAUUUGAGAUUGAAGAGGCGAUAUCUGACCUAUCAGAUCUACAUCGCCCUCCUCAAAUUCGACUUCUUCUUCUUCCUCGGCUUCACCGUACAAUUCCUCGUCAUUGUUCACGGCAAAACCUACGAAUUCGCCCUCACCAUCGCCGCGCUCCCUGUCACUAUCAUCCUCCUCUUCCUCGCCGCGUACAUUGUCCGCCGAGAGUCCUACGUCGGCCAAAGCUUCAUCAUCUUCCUCUACUUCGUCGGAAUGGCUUACUUCGUCUUCAAACUCGUGCGCAUGUACGACUCGGACCAGGCAUACAAGUACGCUCCCGCGAAGCACAGCCUGACCACCUUCGCCGUGCUGGCGAUCCUGCUGUUGAUAGUCACGAUCGUGACGGCCGUUGUGUGCAUGAUGAAUUUCAACAAGGGGCUGAAGCCGCACAUUCAGAAGAGAAAGGUGCCGGAUGCGGCAGACAUGAAGUUUGGACCAGAGGCCGGGUACGGUGCCGGACCACAUCCGCUGGGCAGUAUGGGGACGAGGAUGACGAUUGACUGA